AUAAUGAACAGUAGAAAAGUUAGAGUUAUAGGUUUAGCUGCUUUCUCACUUAUUUUAUUAGUGGUUUUAUUUCAUUCUCACAAUUCAAGAGUAAAUGUACUUGAUGAUGCCACUGAUCCAAGCUCAAGAAACGUAGUAAAUUUACUUACAACCAAUAAAGUUACAGAUACUUCAAAUGAUGAAAACCUUGAUAAGGCUAUCAAGAAACAAAUGUCCAAACUUGGUGAUGGUGAUGAAGAAAGUGCAAUUAAGGCUAUAGAGGAGUCUAAGAAUGCCAAUAUUGAUUCACAAACUCCAGAUUCUUUGACUCAAGAUAAAUCAGAUAUUGGAUCAUUUGACCCUAUUAAGGAAUUAAUUGAAAUUCGUUCUAUGAGUCCAGUAGUAAUCUUUUCGAAAACUUAUUGUCCAUAUUCAAAGAAAUUGAAAGAAAUUCUUAAUGAUAAUUAUCAAAUUACACCAGCUCCAAUUAUUGUUGAAUUAGACAAACAUGCUCAUGGAAAGGAAUUACAAGAACAUUUAGCCGAUGUAAGUGACAGAAGCACUGUUCCUAAUGUAAUUGUUGGCCGUUCUACCAAGAGUAGAGGUGGAUGUGAUGAUUUUGUUGCCUUACAUGAAAAUGGAACAUUACUUGAGCUUUUAAAAGAAUGGGGUGGAAAGGGACUUGAUGUUAAAAGAAUUGAAACUCCUUCUAAUAUGUAA